AUGUCGGCAGCCACAGUUUACGUUACCAACAUUAGCUCUCAGACGAGCGAGAAGGAGGUCAAAGACUUCUUUUCAUUCUGUGGUAAGAUUUCAAACAUCGAGAUCACUUCUACCGGCGAGACGCAAAAGGCCACAGUCACCUUUGAGAAGCCCACCGCCGCCAAGACAGCACUCCUCCUUGACAACACCUCUUUGGGUGCCACCCAGGUCAAGGUCGCAAGCGCUACCGGAGGUUCUUCAUCUUCAGACGACGAUGGAAGCCACGCCACCUCAAACGAGCAGCGAGAUAGCGACGACAUCACCCAAGAAGAGAAGCCAAGAAGCCGUAUCGUCGCAGAAUACCUAGCUCAUGGAUACGUAAUUGGCGACAACGCAGUACAAAAGGCUAUCGAUCUCGAUUCCAAGCACGGCGUCUCUAGCAGAUUCAUGGCCACCCUUUCAAACCUCGAUAGCAAAUACCACGCCACCGACAAGGCCAAGUCCGUCGAUCAAUCAUAUGGUGUUACCCAGAAGACCAACAGCCUUUUGUCAGGCCUAUCAUCCUACUUCGUCAAGGCCACAGAUACUCCAACCGGCCAGAAGCUCGUCAACUUCUACUCCCAGACAUCACGACAAGUUCAGGAUAUCCACGCAGAGGCAAGACGCUUGGCAGAUUUGAAGAAGCAAGAUAGUGGUGUGACCACCGUUCCAGGGACCGAGAAGACAACUUGUAAGUGCGGAAGCAAUGCAGAGCAAUGUCCUUGUGCUCCUGGCGCCUGUGCCUGCACUGGAUGUGAGAAAUCGGACGUCAAGAAAGUAGCAGAUGGGAAGACCAAAUGCAACUGCGCUGGCGACAGUGCUAGUACCACUUCUGAACCACCUGCAUACGAUGCAUCUGGUGCGCCUGCUGCUGCUUCGGAAAAGGCUUCUUAUGCUUAG